AAGCUGCUCAGGGAAGGCGAAGAGGCUGCUCAGUGCUAGGCAGCCAAACCCGGGGUUCGAUUCACACAGAGCUAAAGCAUGAGCACCAGCCAAGGCCCUUUCCAGUUUUUUUCUGGGUCCCUCAGGGGUAGUUCGGGGUGUGGUUUGGCCCAGCAAGGAACUUCUUACAGAGCGUCAAGUGCAGAUGGCGGUGCCAGCAGCACACAUGCCUCCUUCUCCUCCGCCAGACCCCUGUGGCUGCCCGCAGGAGGGGCAGCCUGGGCAGGCUUCGGCGAGCACCACGGGGAGAGCAUCUUCCUGGGGGGCAAUGAGAAACAGACCAUGCAGAACCUGAAUGAGCGCUUGGCCGCCUACCUGGACAAGGUGCGAGCCUUGGAAGCAGCCAACGCUCAGCUGGAGAGCUGCAUCCUAGAGUGGCACAGGACGAGGUCCCACGGCAAGAGGCAUGACUUCAACCAGUACGAGCAGAACGUCACUGACAUGCAAAGAGAGAUUGAGGAUGGCAAGAUCACCAAUGCCAGUAUCCUUUUACAAAUCGAUAACGCUAGCAUGGCAUCUGAAGACUUCAGGCUCAAAUACGAAGCAGAGAAGUGUCGCAGGCAGGGAGUGCAGCUGGAUGUGGAGAACCUGAGGAAGGAGCUCGACGGCCUGACCAUCAUCAACACGGAUCUGGAAAUGGAAAUCGAGGGCUUGAGAGAAGAGCACAUCCUCCGGAGGAAAGACCACGAGGAGGAUAUGGAAGCAAAUCGCUCCUCACAAGACUUCAAAGUAAACGUCAAAGUAAACGCGGCCCCUACUGAGGACUUGGGCAAGAUUCUGGCAGAAAUAAGGGAAGAUUACGAGGCCAUAAUUGAAAAGAAUCGUCAGAGCCUGGAAAACUGGUACAAAGAACAGAGCUCAGUCACGUCCCUGGCAGCAACCCCCAGUCCCGAGGAGAUCCAGCGCAACGAGAACGAGAUCAAGGAGCUCACACGGACUUUGCAGGCCCUGGACAUCGAGCUGCAGGCACAGAUAAGUAAGAAACACAUGCUGGAAGACACCUUGGCCGACACUCGGAAUUACUACGCUGCUGCGCUUCAAAACAUGCAGCAGAUCAUCUCCAAGUGCGAGGAGGAGCUGAGCCAGGUUCGGCACGACAUGAAGCAGCGAAAUAACCAGUACAAGGUUCUUCUCGGGAUCAAAACCCGCCUGGAGAAGGAAAUUUCCACGUACCGCCUGCUGCUGGAAGGGAAUGCUGACGGGACAGCAAGAAAAUCUGAAGCUCAAGAACACGCCGGGACGAGCAAACCGAAGCUCAGAGCGAUCGUGCACGACAGCGUGAACGGGGAGGUGGUGUCCUCCACCAUCAACGAGAUCCCCCCACAAGCCUGAGGGAAGGUUGUGCCAAGCAGUGGCUCCCCCCCGGCAUCUCCCACAGCCUCCACCCCCACCCCGGGAAGGGUGGGAGCUGUGGGCUGGCUCCCUGUGUGUGGAACAGGGACUCACUGCAGUGAACUCUCCCCUGACAUGAUCUGCAGCCUGACCCUGGGAAGGGCCACACAGAGCUGGGUAUUGCCGAUAUUGGUAGCUUAAAGAGCUUUUUAGUCACCCAAACGCUGAAGAGAAGCUGAUCUGUGACAGCUGAGCUGGUGACAGAUGUAUCGUGCACAUCUCCCCGGGGCAGGAAUCUCUGUCUGGGAUUCAGUUGUUGCUCUGCAAGUUAACUAUAAUUUAAAAGGAAUAAUCUCUCAACUUUUUUUUUCCUGGUCUUAUGCCUCUCAUCAUAUACCUCACU